AUGAGUUCUGUUGCACUGCACUGGAUGAAGAACCUGGAAGAAUUUCAACGUUCACCAGACACUUUUCUGAAAUCCAGAGAGAUCACAGCGCACCACUUUGUUUUGGACAUCCUUCAGGUAAAUUUCACUUGUUUUCUGACUCUGCUUUCGUGCGAAGGAACUGAAAUCACCUGAUUUGAUUUUCCUUGCCGCAGGUAUCGCAGUUUAGGAAACUAGCAAGCUUAAUUUAAUGGCAUCAACUGACAUCUUCUUAAUUUCCACUAGGUUCUUUAUCAUGAAAAUCUUCCUGAAAAUGUGAAGCUUCAGAUGUUGUUUCUUCUUCAAGAAAAGGUGCUUACUUAUCGUGGCAUUGUUACCACUGACACUUAAGCGUUUGUGCAUUCAUCCGUCUUUUUCACUUUUUGCUUUUCUGAAAUUAAUCUAUGAUGUAUUUUCUAGGUUACAAGUCUUUUCCUUGAUUUGAUAAGGUACAUGUACAGAACUUCUACUACACUUAUGACUGUCUAUUUUCGAGAAAAUCAGCGACUGGUCAUUGUGUAAUGAGGAUUGCUCAACUUUUGCUGAUCCCCCUCCCUUACCCACUCAGAACCCUUUCACUUUCAAGAUCUCAAUAGUAAUUCUCCUUUCUUUCUGCUACACAUUCCCAUAGCCUUAGUUGAGAGAAUUUGGUGUCAGAUCAAAUAAUAACACUACAGUUUAAAUUUUUUUGGGUCCAUUCUUAUUAUUUUUCUUCUCCAUUUUGCUUGGAUAAUUAACUCAUCUUCCAAUUAUCCUUGCACACAUUCAUGUUCUUCUACCAACUUCUUCCUCUUAUUUUCAUGCUUCUGCUUUUGUCAUCAAAUUACAGUGUAGAAUGUGCAGUACAAUCACUGAAGGAAAUCUUUCUUCCUGCACAUAAAGCCAUGCUUGAGCUUUACACAGCCCAGGUAUAGUAUAGGUUUAGUUGAAAUAUAUAGAAAGAAAACAGCUUUAUGGACUUGGUGCUGUAAUUUGGUAGUUAAAAGACAAUUUAUUGCUACUACAUGUAAAUGUUCAAUUUACAGCACAGUAUGUGACUACUGGUAAUUCUAAGUGAUGAAAAAAGGGUUUAAUCCUAAACCUUGGUAAAGGUCAUUGUUUUCUGCUUUUGGAGCAAGACACUAAACUUUCACUGCUGCAAAUUGUGUACAUUUAUUCAAGAAUAAAAAUGAAUAUCAACAAAUUUUCACAAUUUGAAUAAUAUGAAAACACGCUUGCAAGGAUAUUGUCCCCUUUAAGAGGAGAAAAUACCGCAUCUUCUUGUCUUUGUCAGUUGUGGACUACAGAUAUGCCAUCUAAGUGUACCAGAGUAGGGACAGUCAUGUAAUUACACCAGUCCCGUUAAGUCAAAAAGCCUGUAUACGUAUAUCAGAUUUUUGAGCUGAAAGUAGAUUUUUUUCCUAAUAGAACUUUCUUGUUAGUUAUGGGGUUGUUUUAUAUAAUAUUAUGUUUUGAGCUUUCACCUUGUAUGUACAUUGUGUAUUUUACUCUUCUUACAGACAUCAAGUAGCUUUUCCCCAAGUAGCAAUGCUUCAAGGUAAAUAUUGUAAGGCUGUCAGUAUAAGCUUUCAUUCCCAGUACAUCAAUCUACCUUGAAGUAUAUUUAAAAAAGAGCUCCACCAGUUUGCUCUACAGUUGCAAUGUUUCAGUUGUUUUAUAAUUUAAAGGGAAGAAUUGAUUGAUGGAAAUGUCCACUUCAUUACUGUAGGUUAUUAUGGGAAGAAGCUAGAAAGAAGUAAGAUUAUGGCAAGAUAAGGAUGAACCCUUUCCACCCUAAAAUCAGUAUGCCUUUUCUCCAUACUGCUCUUUAUACAUUUCCUUAGGUGCUGACAAGGAGAAUUUGUUUACCAAUCAAAAGCUUUUUUUCUUUGAUGAUCAUUUCCUUUGUUCUCAUGACCUUGAUGUGUGAUUCAGGGGUGAUGUUGAAGGGAGAAAUUUGAUGCUGGUCUCUUUAGGUGUUUAAAGGGUUAAGAGUUUUGUCUUCUUUUUAUUUUAAUCCAUUUUCAGGGCAGACUCAAAUCCAAGUUCAAGGAGGGAUAUGACUCCUUAUUCCCUGGUUGCUCAGUCAUCUCAGAUUUAUCUCAGUCAGGUACAUGUAUUUCCUUUGUCGGAUAUUGGUGGCAAACUUUUAUUUUAUGCAACAUGAAGAAAGACUCCAUAUUCUGUUCCUUGACUAGGGCCAGUUGUUUGAGGGCUGGUUGGUGCUAACCCAAGGUUAAAUUUUAAUGCGGGUUUCUUUAUUCCUUUGCGGAGAAACCUUCUCGGAAUAAUUUUCUCUAUUCCUUUUUUUAUUGCAUCACAUAAUCAAAUUCUGCAUAAAAGGAAGUAUACCUUAAGAUUUCACACUAAUCCUGGGAUAACAUAGCCCAGCUUUGAACAACCCAGCCCUGAGUUGCAGAUGUAGGAUAUAUUUUGCAAAAUAGAGACAGCAGAUUUAUUUUGUUGCUCAAUACGUAAUAAUUUUUAUAUGAUUAGUUUUGUUGUUUUUAGAUUUUGGUUACAGGAACCGUCAUUCUUAUCUCAAAGGAAACUCUGGUAGGUCAUUUAGUUUUGACUUUACUUGUAGGAUGCAUUUUAAACAUAGAGGUAACUUACCACUGACAGCACAUACAUGUACAGUGUAACCAUUAGACAUCAACCAUUCUGUAAAAUGUGUUCUUGACUUUGGUAUGUUUGCCAUUAUUUAUUGAUUAUUCCAAACAAUUUUAAUGCUGGGGCUAUUUUCAAUUUGUGGAUGAUUUUUAAUCAGUCACACAAUAAUUAUUAUGCAGCGCUGGGUAUUACUUACUGUUUAAUGUGAAAUCUCUUUGAAUUUGUGUAUUUACAGGAAAACAAUCAAGAGGUUUUUGUUGAUUUUGUUGAAGUCCUGACUGAUGUCAUAGAUGUGGUUAGUAAUUUUAAUUUCAUAUCAGUCUGUAACUAGUUUUUCUAGUUUAUGGCUAAUAUCUUUGUAUGGUUUGGCUACAAUACAAAGUAAAUCAUUUAAUAGUGAUAACUUUACAUACAUAUACACUUUUGAACAAUUUAUAUAAUAAUUGUAUCACUAAUCAACUCACUGUGCAAUUGGUAAUGAUCCUCUGGACGAUGAUGAAGUGUUAAAUGAAAUGAAGAUAUUGUGACUACUUACCUCUUGCAUUUUACUUCCUUUUGGGCUAUGUGGCUUUUUAUAGCCCAGUGCUUACUUCUCUGCCCACAUUUGCCUUAUAGGCCAGAGCCUGUGUAGUCACACAGUCAAUAAAUCAUAAUAUUGCUUGAGAAUGUAUACUGUAAGCUUUUGUCAUGUACAACUGGUGAAGUAUUAACUGAUCUCUACUUUUGCUUUGGAAGUCCUAAUUCCAUAACUCUGUUUUAACAGGUAAACAACCCUUUCAAUCUACUUGUGAGGAGAACUGCUUGUGACUGCCUUUGGGAACUAGAAAUGUCAUAUCCAGUAAGUUAUUACUGGUUCUUUUUAUGUGCAUUCUUUUAACUCCUUUGAAGCUGAAAUAUGUAGAUGUUAUGGAAUGGCUGCAAACAUGUGCAGCAUAAAGCUUAGAUACAAUAUACAACACAGUAUUUAAGUUAACAUACAUGAUAGUCUGUCAAUAAGUACAUGCAGUAUGAAUGGUCAAUGAAACAGGCCAUAUUUCACUGUACCCUUGCUAAAUUCCAAAGUUGGUUUGAAUUGAAAUCUUCCUGCUCUAUUUAAACCCAGAGGUAUGAUAAAUAUGUUACUGACCUCGUUUUUUCAAUCUGUACUGUAAGUUAUGGAAGCUGGUUUUUUUUGCAGUAUUUAUACAUACAGGUAUGGUGGUGUAUGCCUGAACAAAAUAGAUGCAUUGAUCUUUAAUUAUAAUCUUUUACAUGCAAUUUUUAUUCUUAAUUGUCAGAUAUGAAUUUAAUAAUAAUUAUAAAAUUAAUGUACCACCUCACCUGCUGUUCAUAAAGUUCAUGAACAGCCAGCCUGAUUGCUAUUCCUUUACAUUAGAAUAUUUACUGACAAGCAAGGACAAGUAUGCUCAAUUUCUUGCAUGUAAAAGAACAAAAUGAUAGUCAUGCCUGCCAUUAUGAAAGAGGUCAACAGGUCUAUGUGUCAAGUAGCUUUUUCUCUUUCAUAUUGUUCAAGUAAUCUAGAUUAAUCAUUUUUAAUGAUUUAAAUUCAGUUUUAAUUAUUCACUCUAUGAAAUUUUAAUGAAUCUGGCUAUGGUUUUUUAAAGGUUGAAUAACAUUAUAACAUUAUCCACUGGAUAAACCUCUAUCCCAUGGAUAACACAGUAUGUUUUUCUAUUACUUAUCCUCUGGUUAGCGAUUUGAUAGCAUUAUCUGUCCUUUAUACAACUGGGCCCUGAUAUUCAAUCUUUUUUUACUCAUUUUUUACAUGUAAUAUAUUUGAUUUUUACAAAGGGUCUUCUCCAUGCAAAAUUGGAUCAUUUUUAUGCCAAAAGUGCUGCAGAGAACAGUCCUAUAUUUCAGAGUUACAUGGUAAGUGUUAUUAAUUCUGUUUACACAUAACAAGUGAACAUUACUUUCAUGCAGUAAUGACGAUAAUGUGAGAAAUUUCAAAUUCACAAAAUUUAGAGUCAGGUGCAUCAGCAGACAAAUUUGUUGUGGCUUCGAAAAAAUGUUCAUGUACAUGUAGUAAUAAUUUAACAAUUAUAAUAAAUUUUAGGGUAGGAAUCUUGUCAUGAGAUGAAAUAAAAUAUAAAGGUUCACCUAAACCCACCAAGAAGUGUUGCCUGCACAUAUGCUUCUUCUGCUUUAGGUCUUGUUUGUAACAGUCUUGCACCAUGCUAUGGAACUCUUAUUACAAGAGUCUGCGAAUAGGUAAGUAACAAUUUUUUUCUGUCUUGAAAGUGUAAUUGCUUGUAAUACGCUGUACAGCAUAUAAUUAUGUGAAUCAUUUAAUUGUAAUCAAUGCUCUCAGUACCUUUUUUGAACUAAAUUUUUUCAGUGGUAAGAUGAUAUCAUAUGUGAUUUAAUAUGCCUGCAUGUAUGUUUACUUUAAAAUGUAGAGGAACUAAAAUUGGCUUCUCUUAUUGUGUGACUUAGACUGGAUGACAACUGUGUAAAUAGUUUACUUACAAGCCGUACAGAACCUCUGAAGGUAAAAUGAACUGAAUUUAUAUCUGAGAUAUUUCAGAUACUUAUGUAUUUACCAUCUCUCUUAUUUCUAUCUACUUAAGUUGAUGUUUUUUUUUAGAAAUGAAUUUUUAAAUCUUUAGUUGAAAUCUACUUAAAUAAUAAUAUGAAGUCUUUCAAAGGAAAAGAAAACCUAAAAAUGAUGAAACUGAUAAUGGUGACGAUGUUGAAGGGGGUGACGAUGAUGAUGAUGAUGAUGAAUUAUUUUACCACUGUCCAAUAGAAGUGGAUAUGGACAUGCGUCAUGCAAUAUAAGUGGAUACAUGACAUGAUAGUACAAUGAAGCUGAGAAACAUUUGUUACAUGACUCAUCCUAUUGUGGAACUCAUAGACAAGUGUAUACGUUUUACUUUCUUUAGCUACUUUACUUACCCAAAGAUGCUUCAAAGCAGUUUUUACCAGUAACAAUUCAGGUGAGAGAAUGAAAUUUUAGUCAGACUACCAUGUACAUUUAUCUAUACUAAGAAAAAAAAUAGUUUUUAAUAAAUGGAACAAAUACUAAGGUCUCAUCAGUAAAAUAGUACACUGUUAGGUUCAAACACUAAUACAAGCUGUCCUUUCUAAUUUUUAGGCUGGAGCAUUGAGCUCCAGGUCGUUGACUUUACCAGAGAAUGUUGACACCAAGGAAUUGAAAAGAGCAGUUUCCUUCUUGAUGGACAACAUUGGUUUUCUUAACACUACUGGAAUUUUCCAUGUUAUGUUCCAAGUAAGCUUUCCCAUUUUUUUGUCUCUUUACUUCUUUGAAGUUCAACUUAAUCCUUUAACUCCUAAGAUCUCAUAAGUAAUUCUCCUUACUAUCAGCCAUACAAUUUUUAUGAUGUCAAUUUGGAGAAUUUGGUAUUGGAUCAACUAAUAAUCUCCUAAUUGAUAUUUUACUUUAUUCUCAUCUCUUCUUUGCUUGAUAUUGUAUUGAUAUUGUGAGGAGAAAUUCUCUCUUAGUCAUUCAUGUGGGGGGGGGGGGAAAUAAAGGGUUAAGUAUCUAGUCAUGACAUUCUGGAAGUGUAAGGCUCAUCUUCUGUUCAAAUAAUUAUGUAGUAUUGUAUUGUAUGUACCUCUUCUAGCUCAUGCAAUGUGUGAAACUAGCAGAACUUGCCCCAAAUGUGAGUUGUUAUUUUUGUCUAUUAAAUAUACUUGAAUCAAUAUUAUAGACAGUCUUUGUAGAUGCUGUGCACCAACAAAGUGUGCUUUUAUAUUAAGUAUGAGGCUAUAUGUAAUUUGCUUUCUCAACUGAGUUGAUAAUUUGAUUUGCCUUGGUAGAGAGGUUCUUAGGCUUACAUUUAGAGAAUUAGCCCUUCUCCAGAGCAUUGGUCAUCUUCUCAACAUCUAUUGUUAACUCAUCAACACCUUCACUGAACUCACGUAGUGUGCUAUACGUCAGCAAAUAAACACACAAAAGCAAAGUAACUGCUGAAUAGAUCAUCAUAAUUCUUUUUAUACUAGAGGCAGCUCCAUAAAUUAUUACACUGCUAAUAGCAGUCAGCCCUUCGUUUAUGGGCAGUUGAAAUAACUUUGACCCAAAUUAAAUCCUCAGUUAAUUUAAUUUUUUAAUAUUUUAUUUGUUUUGUUUUCCUUAGAUGUUCAAAUCACAGUUUAUUACUUGGGUUUCCACAACUGAUCUUUCUGUUUUUCAUGUUCUGCUUCUUUUAAAGGUAAGGUAUUAAAUUCUUGAACCGUUUAAUGCUCUGUUACACCAAAUUUUGGUACUUGUCUUGAGUACAGUACUUACAUUUAUUUCAUACAUACUGAGAUUUACACUGUGAAGUACUUUCAUUUGUACUUUUAAUUGGAUGAAUGAUUUAUUUUCACAGUCGUUCACUUCCAAUCUUUGUAUUGAAAUGUAAAAAAUAACUCAGCAUAUACAUGUCUGAAAUAAAAACAUCGUACCAUGGUUGGUGCUUGAACGAUUUUUCUUCACUCAGUGCAAUGCAACAACAAAAAAACGCAGUCCUUUGCUGCGCUCACUCAUUCGUUUUUUUGAUGCAUUGCAACUUGUGAAUAAAAAUUGUUUGUGCCUACUUUCUAUGGAAUAAUCUCAAUGUAUUUCUUUUACUGCCUUGUGCAUGGUUAAUACAAGUAAUUUCAUUGUGGUGCAUAAGCGGCAGAUAGGAUACAACAAGAAGUUCCUUUCUUUUAGCUGUUUACCAUCUAAAGUACAUGUCAUGCCUAAAUUAUCUACAGAUUACUAGCUUGAAGCCUAUCCCUUAUAUCAUUUCUUACAAUUUUUCUCUCUGGUAGCUUAAAUUUUUAGAUGAUUUAUUCUUGGAAGGCGACGAACUUCUUCUUCUUCACAGGUAAAGUCCGUCAGUUGUUGGAAAAUGUUUGUGCAAUUACAUGUUCAGUAGACUGCCUAUUUUGUUCAGCCCUUAAGGAAAAACGUUAAAAAAUUUUAGGAAGGGGUAGUAAAUUUACAGUGUGUGUUUGGUGAAAUGGAAUUUGUGAAUACAGAAGUUUUAAAAGCUACGUUUUUUCGUUUGUCUCACGAUGGAGUCACGCGAUGUACAUCACACGUGACUACAUCGUGAGACAAACGAAAAAACUUAGCUUUUAUUGUUAUUCACCACGAUAAAUAACCACAACCUUUUUUACAGAAAUUUUAUACAGGCUUAAGAUCUAAUAGCAGAUGUACCAUUUUAUGAGAGCUUUUUUUUUUAACACUAAGAAACUAAAUGCAUUUACCUUUUUAGAAUGUUGUUGGUGUCGAGUCAGCCCACUCUGGCACAAGGUCAGCGGUUGUUGUGUUUUGAGUGGCUUAUGCACUUUCCCGCUGAAGAGGUAACUUUGAGUCAGUCAAUUAGUUAAUUAGUUGAUUAGACGAAGAUCGUUCUCACAUUCACUUCUUUAUCCGCACUCACAUAAAUUACAUUAUUUUCGUAGAUCGACAGUCAUUCAUUUACCACUUCACGGAUUUAUUUGAAACCAACAUAAUGACCAGCUUCCAGUUGGCCUGCUAGGUCAGUUGCUAGAGCACUGCACCUGUAUCGCAGAGGUCAUGGUUACAGGCCUUAUUUUUUCAGGCCUUAUUUUCACUACAACUUAAGUUGUGUUCAUUACUGCGAAGAUGGCUCUCACAUUCACUUCUUUAUCCGCAGUUCACAUAUAUGAUUUUCAUAUAUUCACAGUCAUUUAUAUGUAUACUCAAUGGUCUCCAACUGUCUGAUAACGGAAUUGUAAUGUAUUGUGCUUUUUCAGGAUACUCUAAUUUUACAACCAACCGUUCCUCACUGCUUGGAUUAUUCACAGUUUCGUUUCUUUUACCCUUCUGUGUUCGAUUCUGUAGGUGAGUCUUGUCUUCUACUUAAGUUCAACUCUACAUAUAUUGCUGAUAUUUUCGGUAUACCAUGAAUAAAUGGUUGUACCAACUUUUCAGGUCUUAUUUCAACUACUAGUUCAGUAGUUUUAUAGCUGCGAGGAUCUCUUACAUUCGUUUCUUCACCGCAGUGCACAUGUAUGAUUUUCAUAUAUCUACAAUCAUUAUUCAUCACCUGGAUGAAAAAAAAUUGUUGGAUUGUUAGCUUUGGUAGAGCGCUUAUCGCAGAGGUCAUGGGUUCUGAGGCCUUGGUCUUAUUUCAAUUACUAGUUCAUUAGUGUUUAUAGCUGCGAGGAUCUCCUAUACUCGUUUCUUCACUGCAGUGCACACAUAUGAUUUUCAUAUAUCUACAAUCAUUGUUGAGUUGAUAAUGUUAAUUGGCCACCGUAAAGAGUCUUUAUGAAGCUGACGUUUCGAGCGUUAAUCCCUUCGUCAGAGCGAACAACGAAGCGCUACUGCUCGAGAUAUUAGCUUUAAAAACUCAUAACGGUGGCCAAUUUACAUUAUCAACUCAUUUGAUAGUGUAAAUCGCAACACCCCCCGCUGACUGUAAAUUAAAAAACUAAACCCCUAAAUUCAUAUGAAAGAAUGGUUUUUUACCAGAUAUCUUAUGGAAACAAUGAAAUUAUGUUUAAGAAUGAUCAACUGAGAAAUUUUCAAUUGAUUGUCGCAAGAAAUUCUUAGUUUUCCUUAACUUCCCUCUGUGGUCCAGAAAACUCGCACAGUUUCAAUACUAAGACCAUUCGCAAUUUGGUCUUCCGCGUUUUCCCGCGCUUCAGGUGAUUUGCUUGUUCUGAUUGGUUCCUUUUUAUGACUUUCUUUGUUCCGAUAGGCUGUAGUAGUGAUUAGUUUGGUCUUGGUAUGACAACACUCAAUCGACAUACGCUCUAUCGAUUGUCGCAAGCAAUCCAGGAUUACGAUGGUUUUCUCUCGCUAUGGUCCUUGAUCGAUCAAAUAAAUGUUGCGUUAACCCUCGAACCAAUCAAAUGCGACUUGGUUUCUCAUUUUUUGAUCGUGACACUCUGGGAUUCGUGCUCCUCAUUCUUCCAAAGUUCCGCCCGGCGCGCUAACGUCAGGUCUUAAUUUCACUUGUGUUUUUUUUUCGCCGAAAAGCAAGGACUACUCUUGGUCUAUACUGGUCCGUGGGCUCUAGCAAACGUCUUUGCAUUCUUAACAGUUUUCAGUGUGUCCGCAAACGGUGACACUGUGUUAGAAGGCAGUAACUCUUGAUGCACAGUAUUCGUCCAAGCGCAAUCCAGAUGAAACGAUUUGAGAAAAGAGAGAUUCAAGAGACUGAAGUUUUGCCAAGACAGACAAUCAUAUUUUGCGAUAACAAUGAUUUCUGCGUUAAAACGCAGAGGGGGAAGGGGAAGGGGUGGGGAGAGACCUAAUAAUACCCUUCCUACCCAUGCUCGGCUGCUAUGGAAUUAAAAUUUAUUAUAAUCUUUUAUAACAUCAUUUGCGUUGUUUCUCAGGAUAUUUUGUUACCGUCUGCUUUGCCCGUAUUAAUUUCAGUAGAACUAAAUGCUUUCAAUUUUGUUGUGCUCUUCAGAUGUGACAGUUGAUAAACUCAAGGUUCUGUGUCUAUGCUUGGAUCAUGAGACAUUACAUUCAUCAGGUACCAAAGGAAAUAGUUGUUGGAUGUCAAAUUUCCGGCAAAUUUGAUUUACUGGGAGGGAAACUUUAAAUCAGUAUAGCAUGUUCGUCAAGGGAAUUUCAAAAUGGAAAACAAAUAUUCCAUUGCUUUUUCCACUGCGAUCUCAGAUUGGUUAAGAAUUCUUGCGCGACUUUUAACUCGUGUCGUCCCAGGAUUGAAUUCGUUACAUGUUUAUACUAUGAGCUCCUCUUGUGAUGUUUACUGUUCUUCUGAUUUGACGUUGGGACUACAUUGAUUUUAAUUUUAACGAAACUACAUCGAAAGGCGCUCGAUGCAGGUGUCACUUUUUUUUUUCCUAUGCUUUAUUUUCUUAGACUCUGCUGGUGUCCCAUUAAUGCAAUGCCUAAUGCCACUUCUGAAGAGAGUCCGUCAGGGAAUCGGAGGGAAGACUGUAGUAGCACUGUUCAGAAUCCUUUUCUGGUAUUACAAACAUCACUGGGACUCGGAGCUUGAACGUGAAAUUUACAAGUGAGUAUCAAAUGUGUCUUCAACGCAGCCUAAUCCCUAGGCGUUCACUCUUGUCUCGUCGUCUGUGUGAAGUCUGGGAAGAGACAAAUGAGAAUUUCGAUGACGUUGCGGCUCUUACUGGGAUUCAGGUUUCACAGAGUAUAGAACUGCUAGCGCGUUGCUUUAUGGGAAUUGUGCGUCAAUUUUACUUGUUUAAAAUGAUUGUCUUUGCAGGCUAGUGUUGUCAAUAGUAACUGACCACCCACAGUUCAUACCUCAUACUGUAGAUUUGCUAAACUCAGUGUCUGCCAUAACUCCAGACAGGUUAGUACACUUGCGUUGCACCAUUCUGCCAUCUACAGCAGCAUGUGUGCAGUCUAGUGUCUAGACGUUUCUUGGGAGAUGAUCACUCUCACCCUAAUACGCUUCGAGAUUGGUCUAGGAAAUUCUUACCUCCCUCUCAACCAAUCAGAAGCAAAAUAUAAACCAAUCUCAACUUGGUUACAUGCGUUUUCCCGCGCUUUGAGUAAAUUACUUCUUUUUACCUCUCAUUCACCCCUCGUGAUGUUUUCCUUUGUGCUGAUUGUUUGUUGUCAUUACCGAUUUUUUUUUUUCGCAACACUCAAUCGAAUUGUGUUCCGUUGUUGUUGUUCCUGUUUUAGUUAGUCUAGGUGAUUUGUAUCUGUGUCUUGUUAUUUGCUUGUGACAGUUUUUGCUCAUCAAUAAUUCAAGAGUUAUUGCAUAGAUAAAGUUCCCUGACCUAGCUUCAUGUUUUGGUCCACUCUUUCAUGCAUGUCUAUCGAACGAUCUCUUGCACAGAUUUUCAAACUAUGUAGAGGUUUAUAUAUUUGUUUAAAAAGUGCAAUUUAUUUUUGCUCUAACUCGAAUCCCAAACGCCAAUUACCUUAUUUGUCGUAGUUGUAAACAGAUCAUCUUAAUAAUUAUGAUAUCUAUGUUUUGUCAUUAACAGUAAACUUCCCACCGAUUUACUGCGAUCUCUGAGUGACCAUGUAGUGUCGCAGCCAGUGGAGUCUGUUCUACCAAACUUAACGCAUCACCUCAAAUUACUUUCCCUUGCAAUGAGAGGUUCAGAUAUACAACCUUCAGUAAGUAAUGUAAUUUGUUGUUCGCCUUUGAACAUACCUAAUUUGAACGGUUUAAACCCAUGAUUACCGGGAAAUUGCCACGGUAGCGAAGCCUUGAAAGGAAUGGAAGGCGAGGGCUUUGUCGCCAACUUUCUCAUCGAACCCUCGACACUGCCUGCUAGUAAUACUAUUUCAACGCGAGAGUUCUCUUUUUUCAAGUAGUGACACCAGUUCUGUGUUUGUUGUAGCCAACCAUGCGUUUUUUGAUUCAAAUCCUUGACAAAGCGGAUAUCGCCCGUAAGGGCGACUGGACUGUUGGAAAUUGUGUCCUAGCUGUGUGCUACAGUAUUCUUUUGCAUCAUAAUUCGAGCUCAACAAUUACAGGUGAUUAUUUUUGCAAGUGUUACUUAGUAUUUGGUAAUUUUUUGGUGUUGUUUUUGUUUGUUCUGUUUUGUUUUAUUUUCUUUUUUGGUAGGGUUUGGAUGGACCUGUCAUUGUGUUUUCUUACCUUAUCUGUUCAUUAAUACAUUUUGUCAUCAUUAAAAGUGACAUUGUAUUAUUUUUUAAGCUCAAUUAUACACCCACUUUGAUUGGUUAUUACCUAUAAUCUAUUGGAAAACAGACACAUAAUUGACGUCAUCAUUGACCACAUUUUGCUUUUUUUGUUCACUACCACCUCUUUGUUCUGACCACAUUUUGAACAGACGCACGGUAACGUGAAAUCUCUAUAUUAAUGAGACCUUCAGAUGGUAGUGCGAGGGUGGAAUUUUUAAUAUUUUUUCUAUUCUUUUUCUUAGAACUUGGCAAUCUGUUGCUUUUUAUAUGUGCAACAUACCGGGACAUCGGUAUCCUUAGUCAUCUUUAUAAUGGCUUAUAUCUGACGAAUUCGUCACUAAAUUAUAUGUCGAGUAACGUGAUGGAAGCCUGAAGUCGACUUGUGUCUCACGUUCCUCUUUGUUUUACAAAAGUGUCGAAUUAUCCUCACAUGAGGUGAAACCGCAAAAUAUUAAUAUGCAAAGAAAUCGCAACACUAAAGAAGCGAUAAUUAGCAAAAUAGAAACGAUGUUUGAGAUGGAGAGUGGAUUGCAUGCCCAAACACUCACUUCAGCCAAAACGGCAGGAUUGUUAAGAUCUCCCUUCUCUUUAGACAACAAGCAUUCGAAAUAACCAACCCGUCUAGAUUGCAUUGUAUGGGCAAUUGAAUGAGGGUUUGUGUAGAUCAUUGUUGUCAUCAGAAGACUAUGCUGGAUUCUACAGAGGCGAUGUAGCAUUCUGUUUUAAUCUUAAUGUUUCCACUAGAUAUCAGAGACCGUGCAAGAUUUUACUACUGUCUUUUGACUAAUGUAUCGAGUAAAAAGGUAAGUAAACAGAAUAAGUGAAUGCGAGCUUUUGGAUUACUUUAUGCGCCAAGAAGAUGUUUAUUUUUCCAUUUUUUCCUGAAUUACGAGGAUGGUAAACUUACUGAAAAUGACAUAGCAGGGUUAGUGUGCAACGGAAACUUUUCAGCCUCAACCGACACUGUUUGAAAAGUUUGUCUUUGAAACAUAUGACUAUCGAGAUAUUGUAUUUCAAUUUCAAGGACUAAACUUCAGGGUAAGGGAAAAUAGAUAGAUGAAUUGUAAAUAAUUGGUAAAAUGAUAAUCAGCUUCGAAGAAAGAAUGUAGUUGUUAGCUGAUAAUCUUACUCCUUUGGUUAAUUCUUUCUUUUUUUUCGCUAGUUAAGCGUGAUUGAAUUGUUUCUGCGGCUUAUCCAGUGUUUCUUUCCCUUAUUUUUUUGAACAGUGUUCCAAAAUACUAACCUCCGAGACAGCAAAGCAAGGUCUUCCUCAUGUCAUCGCUGGUAAACAUCGUUUCUUCGCCCGUGUUGCUCUAAUGUUAUUAUAAUUAUUGUAUCUGAAGCCACAUCUAUCCCAACGAGGGUAGACAUUGACAGCCAAAGCGAAAGUCACACCCUCAUGAGUCAUGUGGGGGCAGUCAUUUGAAUCUGUUGAGGGCUUUGUCAAAACCCAGGUCAUUGUCACUGAUACCAGCCCUCUUUCGACUUCAUUCACACGGACGAGUAUGUGUGAGUCGUAAGACGAUUUCGAGUGCAAUAUUUGAUGUUAUGAGCUUUUUCAAAGGAAACAAAACUGCACGAGCCCGUCGGGCUCUUAGAGCAAGGGGAAUCUUGUGAUUACUUGUGACUAAUAUACACGAAAAAAACAUCACAGAAAGUCAAGAGGUGACAAAAUUUUAAAAGUGUGCGCGUGCCAUUUGUAUACAACUUUACACUCGUGUUACAUGAGAAUGUACUCGUUUUCAACCAUUCAGGUGUGCGUAAUUUUUUCAUGUACAUUUUCAGCACUGCAAUUGUUAUAAAUCAUGAAAUACACAAUUCUCUUAAUCUCAGGCGUUCUUCAGUUUACAAAAACAAAAAACCAACAAAAACUAAAGACAAAGAUUGAAGUAAACAAAGCAAAAUAAACGAAACAAAAUAAAACAGAACUAACGGCAAACAAAACAGAACAAUAUACUUCUAGGCAAAUGAAAGCAAAUUAAAAUGGCAGAAAAACAAAACAAUGAACGAACACAGACAUAGUUCUCUCAUUUUUUUUAAACGUUCCAUCAUUUUAUAAAAACAAAACAAAACACAAAAUAAAACAUAACGUGAAUUCUUAAUUAUUGUUUUUCUUGAUAAUUUGUCCCCAGAUGAUAUCACAACCAGCACAUUUCCCGUUCCUCCUCCGGUAAAACACAUCAGUUCGCCUUUUCUCAAGCUUACAAGGUAAAGAAUCUCGUCAUCUUGUUUCCUCUCCACGUAACAACCGAGCAAAUUGGGUUCCUAAGAAUUCCUUUCUAACUUCCACGGGAUGCUCUGACUUCUUCACAUCUACUCUAUGUCUCACGCUCUUGACAAAACGAUCCACAUCUUUCUCAAUUCUUUACCCUAACAUCCGAAUACAUAUUUUCCAUACUCUUCCCUAUACAUUGCUUAGGUACUGACAUUAGGAAUUUCUUCAACAAUCCAGAGCUUCUUCAGCUGGUGAUCAUCUCCUUUGUUCUCAUGACUUUAUUGUGUAAUUCAGGGGUAAUAUUGUAAGGAGAAGUUAGAUGCUAGUCUCUCUUAGGAAUCCAAGGGUCAAUCCGAUAACCGAACUCAAAAGUUACCAUCUUUCUUAUUCGACUUAAACACAUACGCAUACGACACAGCUGAUCCUAACAGUAUGCAGGACAUCGGUCACAAGUGAACCGUGGACAUAUGGACGAGCUCGAAUUCGAGAUUCAUCCCUUUGUUUCACCAGUCUGCUUCUCUUUGCAGCACCUUUGGAAGCAGACUCGUAUGUUCACGUUUCAUUCAGCGUCUAAAUUUCAAACCCACUGUUGGUUUUGUAGGUGACUUAAUUUUCCUCCUUGAAAUUAUGAUGGGGGCAUUAUUGCAGAGGUCAUGUUGUUAUUGCAUUAGAAGACGUAGACAAACCUGUUUUGAGAAGUUAUGGAAAACGAGAACGUAAAGUGGUUCGGGCUCUUGUUAGGAUUGUUGACAACAACGGGAAAAAAUGAAUAGUGUCGUGUUUCUUUUCCUUAACAGGGUCCCACGGCCAAAAUUUGAAGGCUCCCUGACUGAUUUGAAGCUUUCAAACCAUGGCGAAGCUAAGGAGUUCACCACUACAAAAGGUGUGUUUUGUUUUCUUUACGUUACUACGGGUUGGUGUGUCUUGUUCGCCGAAUUUUGCAAUUUGAAGUUUUGCAAUGUCUUAAUUAUUGUACAGGUUAAGCCUAUAGGUUUGAGUUGCGAGCAAAGAAAGUUUUUUUCUGUUGUGCUCAUUAUCCUAGGUUCCUGAAAACGGAUGCAAUGUGUCUGCAAGACUUAGUAGAAUCUCUCUCUCUCUUUUUUUUUUUUACUGAAGUUGUUUACUGCACUUUUCGAUGGUUUGUUUUACAACAAAAACCGAAACAGUUAAAAGACUCACAGUGAAUCACAGGGUGCCAAUGAGAACUCAUAUGCGAAACAAGGAAACUGCCUUAAGCGCGGGAAAACGCGAGUGACCAAGUCACAUCUCAUUGGUAGAGAUGGGCACGGUUUUUCUUGACCAAUCACAGUGCGAUGGAAAGGAUUACUUUCGACACACAAUUGAGAAUCGCUCUAAUGCGAACGCCGGAUGUAAUUUGUUCCCCGAAAAGUCAUGGUCCUUAUUUCAUCGCUACAGUGUAGUUGUGUAUGUUGGAUUUAAGCCGAAGUUGCCAAUUUCCGCUCCAUCCAUUAUUUUUCAGGUCUGUUAGAUCAUUAUCUCAAGAUGGUCGACGGAAAUGCCUAUGGUGAAGAAAUCCCCAUAAAGUAUUAUGUCCACUUUGUGAGUAUUUGUAUUUCUCAGUUAAGAGUUAUUCAAGUUUGCACUUCCAUUUUCUUCAACGAUUAUUGUUCUAUAAGAAUAAUGUUAGGAUUUCGAAAUACGUUGCUUGAGAACGUUUUUCCAUUGUGCUUCCAAAUGAUUGCCGAGAGACCUGUUUACAUACUAGGAAAAUAUAUAUUUCAUUAUGGAAGGAAUGAGGACUUCCUCCUAAACAAUGAGUUUCGUGAGAUUGAAGUCGAUGAUCGGGACCUUCAGCAAACCUCGAAAGCGACGAGAACGAGGACGCUGCAAAACAAAAGAUCUAAUCAGUGGAAAAGUAACUUAGUGCGUGCGUUUGAAAGUGUGUACAUUUCUUAGCCGUCCUCGGCAAAACAACGGGCACCUUAAGCAAGCCACGACGGCGACGGCAACGAGGACAUGGAAAAACAAAAGGUCUAAUUGGUAGAACAAUAGCUCAGCACGUUCGUAUUAAAACUUUGGACAUUUCUUAGCCUUCCUCUGCAAGACAACAACGUGAAAUCACCACAACUUGCGUCGUUUGCGAGCCGAAACCGCGACGGCAAAUUAUUUCAAUUUCCAUUUGGAACUCAAAGCUUCUUUUAUAUGCUAUGUUGAAGUUGAGGUGUGGCGCCGUAUGAGACAGUAAACAAAUGCAGCCAUUUUUAAAAUUCUAAUUAAAGGCAGAAAUUCAUUUUUUAAUCAAAGUCUUCCUUGGCGUUGCCGUCCUGACUGCCGAAGGUCCCUAACAACGUGGAAUCACCAAACUUAACUCGACGCUGCUUUUAUAUGUUUUGCUGAAGUUGGAGUGUGGCGCUGCAAGAGAUAGUUAAUGGUUCCAGCCAUUCGCGAAAUUCUAGCUGAAAAAAUAAUUUUGUUUUUGAUUGACUUCUUCGUCGUCUUUUCCGUUCUUUCAAUUUUAGUUAAUUUUUUUAAUAAAAUAUAAAUGGAACUGUGAUUAUCUCUUUCAACAGACAGAUUCUUCGACUCUACCUAUUCCAACGAUUAUCUAUGCUUUGGUUCUGAAAUUUCACACUGACAGAAGAUACAAGCAACUCAAAGGUUGGUUGUUCGUUGCAGUUGUUUACAACUUCUUGCAUCGUUUGACUCCUCUGCUUUGGUUUGACCAAAUCAAAGGAGUAAAAUAGACAGGGGAGGGAAAAUUAUUGCUUGGAGUCAAUUAGAACUCAAAGGAAAGAUAUAUAAACUGCCAGAAGCGCUAGUUGCACAUGGGUUUAGUUUUGCAGUGAUUGAGUUAGCGGGUGUUCUGAGUUUUUAAGACCAAUCUUAGCCUAACCCCUGCAAUCCCGAAUUGCAAAAUUGCUCUGAAUUUUGAUGUGCCUCUGUUUGUUUUGAUCUCUCGUAAUGAUAAAAUUGUGCAUGUUUAUAAUGGGCUUUUUAUUUCUGUUUAGACAUUCACAUCUCAUACUUAUCGGCCGCUAAGUCGACAUCUCCAUCUGAAGGUGAGAGCUAAUCGUUAUUAAAAUAUACCUGCGUAGGCAAAGAGGCGUAGGAAACAAAUUUCCUCACACGCAAUUGGAAUUAGAGAAGGGGGGGGGGAGGGUUGGUUUCUUUGAAACACUAAAUGCUCUUCAUUUUUUUCCAGCUUUGUUAUUGUGCUAGGCUCUGUUAAGCGUUACUUGGCUGUAUUAAGCUGAACAUUUUCUUUUGCAUCCCACAGGCUGUUAUGUGAUAACUGUAAACUUUUGCCCUCUCGAUCCAGUACCCGCCGUGUUCAAAGUUAGGUAAGGUUUGUGGAAAAUUGCAACUAAAAAGGAAAGCGUAGCACGUGUGACUCGUUUUAUACGAUUGAGCACAAGUUUGAGUAGAGAAUCUUACUUUGAUAUAUCCAAUAUGUCGGCGGUUUGUAACCAUUUAUGUGGCUUUCGGGUUUGUUUUGUUGCAGCCUAUUCAACAUAACCCUUCCAAUUUUUAGAUAAUAAGUAAGAAAAGAGUUCAUUUUAAGUGAUCGAUGCCCAUAAAGUAUGUUAAGAGGGGUGGUUCGAUUUUUCUCAUCCUAUUUUCAAACUAGUUAACGAAACAGCCCCCACUGAAGAUGUAAAGAAUAAAAACAAAACAAAACAAAACAAAACAAAACAAAAGGAUUGAAGUCUGUCUCGCAACCGUAACAAGCUUGGGUGGAUGCCAACGCAAACUAUACAGUUUUUGGACCGUUCUUUCCCACUUUUAUAGGUUAUUAUACUGGGCACCCGCCUACAAUGGCAAAAAUUUAGGGGUCUUAAAAUUGUUUGGUUUAUCACUAUCACCUUAACACUUUACUCCCUAAAAUAUGAUAUUUAUAUUCACCACAAUGCUCUCUCUACAUUUUCUUUGAGAAUGACCAGGCGACUAAUUUGUUUGACGAGCAGGAGCUUGGUGAUCAUUUCCUUUUUUCUUGUGACCUUAACAUUUGAUUCAAGGGCGACACUGUAAAGAAAAAUUUAUAGCCAGUCACUCUUUGGAAUUUGAAAAGGGUUGAAUAUGCUUCACAAUGAAAUAUUAAACUGCUACUCUUCACUUUCAGAGCGAUAUUCAGUGAUGAUAAUGGUUUAACCAGUGCAAUGCAACUGGAGAAUUUGCCAGUUCAGUUUUGUGACUUGUUUAAUCCUCUUCAAGUGCCAGCUUACUUCAAGGUAAAACGGGAGGGAAUAAUUGAUGGGCACUGACGUAGUUUUGAUGUAUUUCAAAUAGUGAACCGUUCAGUACCAGACCACAAAAUUUCGUCUUUUCUUUCAGACUGCACCGGUAACGAGUGUCAAAGCAGAACUUUUCUCUGUACUGUGGGAUCACAUCGUUAAAGUGCAGCGCACCAGGUAUUCUUUACGAAAUCAUUGACUUCUUUGUCACAAAAUGUUCCUCUAGUAAUGAGUAACUUUUGGGAUGAGAUAGAGUUUAGUGUUUGGAUAACUUUAGAGAAUUCUCCCACCCCUACCCUCCUCCCCCACCCCUACCCUCCUCCACCACCCCCUCCUGAGUGCUUUGACGAAGUAAUGCAAGCACGAAGAUAGUCCUCUUCUGUUUGUUUGAAAUUUGUCUCAAAAGUAUACGCGAAAUUAAGACAUUACAAAUGUGGUUCUACACACUCCCCGACCAGUGAGAGCUCUUGAAGUAUCUGCGUUGUUGUUGGGGUCGAUUUCGAAUAAUAAUAAGUAAUGGUAAUAGGAUUGACAAAAAUCCAAUACAAUCUGUAAUCAUACGAGCGAUAACAAAAUCGGACGACCACGCAGCGGGAGAGCGAUUUGUUUAUUACGAGUAUGAUUACAGACCGAAUUGGACGACACGGAGUCCGAUUACCAAUUAAUCAUUAAAAUCACAAUUUCCGAGAAAAGAAGAUUAGCCAAGUUAUAAAAGAAAGGAAAUUUACAAUGUCAACUGAUGACCCUGUUAAACAAUUGAAAAUACGAGUCAACAAUAACAAGUUUGGGAUCAAUAUCAGUAUCUGGGCAACUGCCCACCUACCCCUCCCCUAACCCAACAUUAACCUUAACUUGUUGUCAAUCGACUGUUGUUGAGUUAGGGGAGGGGUAGGUGGGCAGUUACCCAGAUACUGAUAUUGAUCCCAAGUUUGAACCACGUUACUACAACUCCGUGUUUUCAUUUUCAAGUACAUUUACGUGUAGGUUAGACUGAUCAUGCCGGGUUCAAAGUAAAAAAAACCCUGAAAGUUAAGAUGUAAAUUAGGGAUAAGCAAUCUGAAUCGACGAAGGUGUUAGUAAUUAAGUUCAUACAGACACUGCCACGGUUUAGGUUUCUAGUCUUAACCAAAAAGCAUUCUGUGGAUGAGACAAUCCUACUUUUUAUGGCAUCUCUUCAGAUAACUGUUUUUGUUAAAUCAAAGCAGUCAUGCAUUUUUGUAGUUUUUUUGUAUUUUCGUCUUUCUUUCGGUUCAGUCUCACGUCGCAAUGCCAAUUUGUUCAAUAUGGUUCUUACUUAUUAUAAUUUUUCUCUUUUACUGCUGGAAUCUCAGUUCUUUAAUUUGUUUGCAUGUGAUAUUGCAGUGAAUACCCCGCGGGGACUGGGGCUGAAUCAAUCAUCUCCCUCUCGGUGAAGUGGAACACCAUGGGAAACAUCUUAGAGGAACACUUGCUACCGUUUGUUAUGAGUGCUUCAGGUCAGUUUGGCUAGGUAUAAGAAUAUUUUAGAUUUGAAAUAGUAUAUUUCUCCCUUGUUGUUCCUUUGCUUACUCCAGUUGUUUUCCCUUCUCUAUUAGCCAUGCGUCACGUGCUAUGUGUUUUUAACCAAUGGCUGUUAUUUUCUAGAUGAUGAAGUUCACCUUGGUAUUUUCAUGCCACCUUGUCAGCAUCUUUUACUAAAAUUCCGUCCACUAAACGAUCUAACUGUUGUUACCAUGGCGACUGAUGAUUGGCGGCUACUUCAACUCGUGGAAUCUUACCUGCAGCAAUUCGAACACGUCAACAGAUAACCUCUUCAGAAGAUUUACUGUAAACUCAUUUAUUAAAAAGCUAGGCGCCCAGACAGAAAUAAUUUCUUUAUCGGAAUUAUACGUACCACGGAAAAAGUGUGGUUUAACAGCCGAAUGAUUUGAUCAGCCACAGAUCUCUGUUAGGGAAAUUUGAUUGCUACCUCAAGGACAUGUUGCACC